AUGGAAUGGAAGCUGAAACAGUAUCACUCUUGUGUUGAUCCUGCACUUAAAAUCCUGGAACUCUUAAACAAUCAUCCUUCCCGAUAUCCUCCUCAUGUCAUCCGACUUAUCUGGGAUAUGUAUUUGGAGCUGAGGUUCUUCAAAAUAUUCAGUUGGGGACUAGGAUUUCCCCAAGAUCUUUUAGAUGAAGAUUGGAUGUUGCAUUUUACUCUCAUGGUGCAAAAAAUGAGGCAAGAAACAGAGGAGUUUAAAAUGUUAUUCGAAGCAGCAGAUGAAGCGGAAAAGAUCACAAAUUGGGAGGAAAUGAGUAAUCGUUUACGGACAGUAAUCCAGGAACUCAACCCACUAGCCAGAGAUAUUUGCUUUCUUUUGUUAGAUGGUGGAUUCAAAUGCAAGUCCUCCAGCCAGCUCGAGGCGAAGUCUUAUAAAUACAGAGUCGAAACAGAGGAUUUCGUGUCUUUGAUCCGAAGUAAUCUUGUCGAGCUUCGUGGAGCUCCAGAAGAAGUUGGCUUCAUUGGAGACGCACUCGAGCUCUUUGCCGGCUUUGUUAAGGUUCUUAAUAAGUGGCCAUAUAGCUACAGAAGCGAGCUCACUUAUCUUGUUCAAACUUGGGCAAGUCGCGUCUCGUGUCUCGCGUACUUGUAUUUUGUUGGAGGGUGUGAUGGCAGUUGUUUGGCAUCUACUAUGGAAGAUUUGGUUUCUGAUUUGAAGCAGACAAUUCUGUCGGGCAAUCCUCGGUCAAUUAAGUUGAUCCUUGAUGUGUUUAAGGUUGGGAAGCAUCAUCAAUUCCAAGGUACGAUCCUUCCUGAAUUCCUUGCUGAAUAUAUUGAUUUUCUUCUUGAACAUGUGGUCAUUCAUUAUGGAAAAGAUGAUGAUGUUGAACUUUUUCAAGAGGGGUAG